AUGGCCUCUCAGUUUGCGCGUCCUUUAGCUCGGCACUUUUCGGCCCAUCGUCCUCGCCCAGACUCGCGCGCUGUACGCGCCGUAGCCAUGGGCUGCAUCGUCUCGGGCGUGGUGCUUCCAUUUAUCCCACCUGCUCUGGAGAGUUCGCGACAACGGAGGUCUGGCAGACCUACUAGCGCAAAGAACCCCCCACUUUGCUUCCAUGCGCGAUAG